AUGAGAAAGAUUCGAUCGUUUUCGAUUUUCCUCAUUUUUCUAGGGUGUUCAUCGAUUGAUGCAGCCACUUCGUCCUCUCAUAUUUCCCAAAAUGGAGUUUUCCAUCAAGUGAUUCCUUUAUUUGAUUCACCGUUGAAUGCACAAAGUGAUCAACAAAGAUUCGCCUCGAUUCUCUCGCCGAAUAUCAUUCCCGCGUCCACCCGCGCCCCACCUCCAGCCUCAUCAAGUCCCAUUCCCGGAGUUGAUUUUCAUGGUCCCCUCUGGCUUCCAAGAUCCUACAAAGUGACGUGUUGUCGGGGUGGAGAGCCGAAGCCCGAAAAUGAGAAGCUGAUCACCAAUUGGACUCAAACUGUCUCCGAUUAUGCGAUUGACGAGAGGGGAGUCGUUCCAGCUGAGGGUUGCCGAGUUUUCGAGGGCGAUUUCUUGCUGGCUGCGUACGCGUUGUUCAAUCUGAACACCUACACGGGUUAUGGUGUGAAAUGUAAAUGCCCAGAAGAUCCAAAUACUCCAGUGGAUGCCCAUUGCCGGCCUCUUCCAUCAUGUCUUCAUGGGGGUCGCCGAUCGCUUUCGUUUGGCGGUCGAUGUCUCUGUCCGGAUCCGUAUUUUGGAGAAUUAUGCGAGAAAUUCUGUGAGCAAGGACAAAAGUUAAAAGGAAUGGAUGGUCGAGAAUACUGCUCGUGCGUUCCAUUCUAUCAGGGAGAAGAGUGCAGGGAUAUGUUGUGUUUAAAUGGAGGGAUGGAGAGCAAUCGAAAAUGCUCAUGCCCUCCCACAUUUCUCGGGUAUCACUGCGAGAUCGACACGAAUCGGACGGUGAGCUCGCGAUUUCAGAGAUAUGGAGAGAAUACGGGUAACGAGUUAUUCUCGCGGGAUAUCUCGGGGACGGUGUUCAGUAUGAUAAUGAUUAUUGUGCUUGUCAUUUCGAUGUAUUUGCUGAUGAAACAUCGAAUGCAGGUUCAGUACCAACAACAGACGGUGCGAGCGCGAAGAGAUCCACUCGGGGUAUUGUUCGGUGGAAAUCCAAGAAGGGCUGUCAAUGAGAGCCAACCAGGUGCCCGGGAACCCCUAUCAACGAUGCAUUUCGUAGCCAUGGGCAUUGAGGGCCCUCCACCUUACAUGGCCGCCGCUCCACAAAGGGCAUCCCGACUCCGCGAAGCAAAUCUUCCACCAUUGCCCAGUUAUGAGGACGCGACAAAAAUUCCGCCACUACGACCAUCGUUGCUUGAAACUCCUCGCAAUGGUCGAUCUCGUCUCACCCGACCGCGAACGAUCCACGAAGCAAUGGAACAGCAAAGAGAGCAACGGACAUCAACGUCAAGAGAGCAAACCGAAGAACGAGAAGGAGAUCAAGAAAAUAGAGAUGGAGUGAUUGGAGAACAGCCAAGUAGUGAUCAGAAUCAAAGCAAUGGAUCUUCUAAUCACUCCAAUGAAAAUGCUCACGAAGAAAUCGAUCACCCUUUGUCCGAUAGUUACUUUAAUCGAUCAAAUCAUAUGCGAAGAAGCAUA